GAUUUGCAGAAUGAAGAGAUAACGAAUAUUAUGCAUGCUAUUCAUGAUUAUCUCCAAAAUUCUCCUCUUGUACAAAGACCCUUGGUUGCCACACUGUUGUUGAACAUAGAUUUGCUGAUAGAUCCUCAAAAAUAUGGCUUAUACAGACAGCAGGCUGUUGAUGCCAUUACAGAAGCACUGGAUAGCAGCUUAAUCAAUGAGGGGGUUCAAGAAAAAUGUUGCAAAGCGCUACUUAUCCUUGGAGGACGUUUUUCUUUGUCUGGGAAGUUAUUGACAGAGGACUGGAUUCUGAAGGUAGCUGGGUUCAAAGAUGGCAGUCACGCAAAUUCUAUCGUAAAAGAAGCGGAUUUAGAUAUUGGUGACAGUACUCUAUCAGUAAGUUUCAUCUCUAAGUUCCAUUCACCAUUAUUUCUCCUUUGUUCCAUUAUAUUCAUAUGGGACUGGUGUAAUUGUCCAUUCUUCUAUAAUAACCAGGAAGAUGAAGAACAAGCCAUUGCGAAGUGGUUGCGGAAUUUGUCGGUGUUACUAGUUGGAAGCGGCAACAAGUCAUUUUUAGAGGCUAUUUCUAACUGUUUAGCCAUGGGAAACAGGGAUUUGGUGACUGCCUGCCUAGCAACUGUAGCGUGGUUGACCAGUAUAUUACCGUCGCCAACUGAUGAUACCGAGUUGCAGCAGACCUUAUGCACUCUUAUCUCCCAGCUCAAACAAAGCCUUGAAAGUGGUGCACAAGUUCAACAUAAGAUUAUUGCUUCGAUGUCUUUGCUGAACUUAAGUAAAAUUGCAGAAUACAGGGUCAUGCUAAUGACAAUUGCAGAAGAGAUGGUGGGUCCUCUAAGAAGCCUUGCUGAUGUAACAUGGACAGCAAAGGAGCUAUAUGGCAUAAUUUCUUCUACUACAGACCUCUAAAUUUCAGGAAGAAGAUGAUGCUCUGUUGCUUCACAGUUUUAAAGUUUUGAAUAUAUUUAUAUUUGCUAAAUGUCAUAUACUGCUGUAAA